AUGAUACAAGCGAAAAUCCUGAUACAAGAAUUAUGGCUAGACGGAACCGAAUGGGACGAGCAAGUGAAACCACUUCGCUUGGUAAAUUACUCCCCCGAAUACCAAGUAGAACUGCAUGGCUUCUGCGACGCCUCUGAAAAGGCAUAUUGCGCACCUAUAUAUGUGCGCACCCAAAUUAACAGCACAAUUUCAAGCCAUUUGUUAGUAGCAAAGGCCAAAGUGGCACCUCUCAAAACACUAAGUCUACCACGACUUGAACUGUGUGGCGCGCUUCUACUCGCAAAAUUAGCGUCAACUGUGCAAACGCAUUUAAACAUAACCAAUCAGAAAUUAUAUCUAUGGUCAGACUCAGAGAUCGUCUUAGCUUGGUUAGAAAAACCACCCCACUCAUGGAAAACAUACGUUUCCAAUCGCACAGCCCAAAUACUUUAUUUAGUUGGGCCAGCAACUUGGCGACAUGUAGCCAGUGCUGAUAACCCCGCCGAUCUUGGCACAAGAGGUUGCAAACCCCUGCACCUCGCCACCACCUCACUCUGGUGGAACGGCCCCAGCUGGCUAAUAGAAUCACAACAAUUCUGGCCACAAUCCCCCAUACGCAACAUAAUUGCCCCAGAAAGUCGAAAAGUUGAAACCUUUCACACAAUAUUGGAUGACACUGACAUCCUAGAACGAAUUUCUUUGUUUCCCCGUGCCCUAAGGGUAGUCGCCUAUAUGUUCAAAUUCGUAGAGCGCCUCAAAAAUAAGGUGAAGAAAACACCGAAUUCCCCAGAUAACAUGUUAACGCAUCAAGACUUAGAAAAAGCAAAGGUUUCCCUUGUUGCAUACACUCCUAUUUCAGCAGCGAAAUGUUAAUGCUAAGAGAAUCAAAACCAAUUGACAAAAAUAGUCAAAUCUUAGUACUCAAUCCAUUUUUAGACACGAAAGGUCUGCUUCGUGCUAAUGGAAGGCUAGCGAACUCCAGCCUCACCUAUAACGAACGCCACCCCAUAAUAAUACCAGAGAAAUCCCCCUUUGCAAUACUAUACCUCAGAUUUUUCCAUUUAUUAAUGAUACAUGCCGAACAUCGCCUCAUGCAACAAAUGGUCCGACAAGAAUUUUAUAUGCCACGACUAAAGCCACAGAUCAAAAAAUGCACAUUUAUGUGUAAAGUCUGCAUAAUACAUAAGCAGAAGAUGCGCACGCAGAUCAUGGCAGCUCUUCCACCUGAACGCUGCCCUUUCGCUCUGCCCUUCACUACCACUGGUGUUGACUUUGCUGGGCCUUUCCAGAUAAAGGUUUCCAUGUUAAGGACUUCAACCUAUACGAAGGGUUAUGUGGCUGUCUUUGUAUGCUUUACGACAAAGGCAGUACACCUCGAGCUAUGUUCUGAUCUGACAACUGCGGCCUUUCUCGCGGCAUUUGCUCGCUUCGUCGGACGGCGAGGAUUUCCAUCCAAAAUAAUGAGCGACAAUGGAAAAACCUUCGUCGGGGCCAAAAGAGCCACAGAAAAACAAUUUUUAAAAUUUAUAGAGGAAGUCUCGCCUGAAAUCGUUAAAAAAUACGCACCCCAAGGCAUUGAUUGGCAAUUUAUCCCACCAAGUGCCCCACAUAUGGGUGGUCUAUGGGAAUCAGCUGUAAAAAGCUUCAAAACACAUUUUAAAAAAGUCGCUGGCACACACAAAUUUAGCUUUGAAGAAUUUGCAACAUUAUUAACCCGAAUAGAAGCCGUUCUUAACUCACGGCCCCUCUCUGCGCUCUCGAAAGAUCCCUCCGAUUUCACUGCCCUCACCCCUGGGCAUUUUCUUAGAUGAGUGUCUUCCCCCCACCGAGUGGAGCCUCGCAAGAAUCGAAAAAUUACAUCGUGGCUCCAAUGGUCACAUACGAGUCGUAGAUUUGCGCACACAAAACGGUACACUAACUCGACCGCUCGUAAAACUUUGCCUUUUACCGACCGAAAACGCCAAUAAUCCAUGAAACGUAAUAAUCGUAAUUCCGACACACCUAAAACCGCAAAUAAAACGAAAACCACGCAACUCAACUAACGUAAAUAAGAAUAUUUACCCGAUUAACACACUAAUCGGCCACUAACCGCCAUCUAAAGUUUCUACCCAAAAUUAAAGUCGCGAUUUCUUCCGAUAGAAAUGGACGUUGAAAUGCCCACAUCAUCCCCCUCCACUCCUGUUCCGGCGGUCAGAUCCGCGGUAACUGUACCGAGGGCCUCAGCACCACCAAGGGCGGUGCCACGCGCCAACGUGCCACAGCCUGCGGCCCCACCAGUUGCAACGGCCCGCAUGCACAACCCAAGGACGGUAACCAAUCAGAUGGAAGAAGGCCAGCAAGGGCAGUUCUCUGCGGGACCCCGUAAUCCACCUGGCAUUCGCUGCGGCUUAUGCCGCCGUCCGCACCCACUCCGGAUUUGCCCUAUUUUCCGAGGCAUGUCUCCAAAGCAACGGCAACAGGUGGCCCGAGCGCAUGGGCAUUGCCUGAAUUGCCUGGCGCUCGCUCAUGCCACAAGGGAGUACACCUAGGACGGGUGCCAAAUCUGUAUUCGGCAACACCACACGCUGUUGCAUCGCAACGUAAGGCGAGACAAUGUGUCUCCGACCAGGCGCGGUGAUCAUCGGGGGCAGCAACGGGAGCCGGGAGUGCAACGUCGGUAUCCUAACACCAACCGAAAUCGCACCCACUAACAGCAGUCACCCUAUCGUCGCCCCCCCGCCUCCCCCGCCAUCUCCCGUCGGCGACAAUCGGGCCCGCAUCAUCGCCGAGUAACUGGCCUUAGUAACGUGGUCCAGACCCUUCAACACUUGCAGCGGUUGCUAGGCUAGUAUUCGCCUAGGAGGGCCGGGAUGGCCAAAUGAGCCCUUCCGCGAAGGCUACCCCGGACUUCCGCUCGCGCGCUGCACCACCGAUCGACGCCGGCAGAUGUUGCCCACAUCCACUACACAUUCACACACGCUUCCGCAACAUUUGUAAACAGAACAUCAACAUUUAACUCUCCUUAUACACCACUCUGUAUACCCACCACCAUUGUACACACACACACACACACACACACACACAAAUAUGCACUCCAAAUGUCAACUUACUUUGAAUUUGAAGAUAGGCAGAAUCUUUCGUUUGUGAGCCCGUACGGACGCAUCCUAUACGAGUCGAACUUUUUCCCAAAAUAAAACCAUCCGUGAUUUGUAAAUUCCAUUUAGAAAAAAAUAAAAAUACUGUGUGUUAUUUUUCUUGAAUCGAGUGGAACCAGUGUUGUGAAGUGGUAAGCUAACGGCAAUAUCAAACCCAAGGGCCUAAAGUGUUCAGGGUUUGAGACUAAAUUAAUAUGUUGGUGUUUUUAAUAGAGUUACCACUUAUUUAUAUGCAUACUCAAAAAAACUCCGAAUAAAAAGUUGAAAAUUUAGCUGAAACUUUGUACCUGGUUUGAA